UCUAUCCUAGAUGGUGUCAAGCAUCUUGGGUGUCAUUGAAGGUGCACUCAACCAGGCAAGUGAGGAAUAUUCUGUCACACUGCUGAUUUCUGCCUUGCAGGUGGGGACUCGGGAGGUAUGAGAGUCAGGCUGCAGUGAAAAUUUCUGCAGGGACAGGUAUAUAAGCAGUUGGUGUAGUUUAAAGGGCAUUGUGCCUAGAUUUUGUGAACUCUCCUUUUUUAACUGGCUUCUAGGAGGUCCUGUAAUUCAGCACAGAAUAACUGUCUUAAAGUGACAGUCAUUUAAUUUUUAUUAUCUAGCCUCAAAGAGGACUUGUAGUACUCACACUCAAUUUAAUAAUAUAGUUAGCAGCUGUAUUGUAAUGAAACUGUCAGAACUGGCCCCUGUUACUGUGUAAAGCUGAUUACACAUCUAUUAGAAUUGGCAGUCACGUAUUGCAAUCUGGAAGCUACUAUGACUGAUGCCCUGAUUUUCCGCCAAACAUAAAUUGUUUCAGGCUUUGCAAAUGCAACUAAUACAGACUCUGAAUGGGAAAUUGACCAGGUCUGUACCAUUCUUGCUUUGAAAAUUAAAUUUUAAGCUGUAAUUCUUGCUAAAUAGCUCUUUAACUAACAUGUAUUCAGUUUUGUUCCUUCAAUUUAUAUUUUAGUUUUUUUCCCUUUUUUAAAUAUUAUGCAUGUUAAAAUGUGUAUUCUAAACCCUACUUUUAAAUUUCCUGCUUUGCUGUUUGUGAGAAUCCUCCUGUCUUAUUGGCUGACCAGUCUGUGUUUACUUCCAUGCAUCGUUUUUGCAGCUUAAAAUUCAAAUCAAUGUCAGAGGAAAUCUAGAGUUCGCUGAAUCUUUCUGGGCAGUUUUAUUACAGAUCAACUAAGAAUGCAUCGCAGCUUUCCUGAGUGACUGACUGUAAAAUGCAGUCCAAUAUGUUGUGUGUUCUGUUCAGUCCAAAAAUUGCCACAAUAGUUGUAAAUAAAAUCUUAUUAGCUAUUGAAUUUCUGAUUUUAUAGGACAGUUCCAAAGUUUAUCAGGAAGAUGAAAGCACCUGAUUACAAAGAUCAAGUAGUGUUUGGCGUUCCAUUGUUGCUAAACAUGCAGCGUACAGGGCAUCCGUUACCAAAGGGUAUUCUGCAGGCCAUGUAUUUCCUCAGGAGCCAUUGCCUUGAUCAGGUUGGAUUAUUCAGAAAAUCUGGAGUAAAGUCAAGGAUCCAGGCACUACGUGAAAUGAAUGAGAGCUGCCCAGAUGGAGUCAGCUAUGAAGGCCAAUCUGCAUUCGAUGUAGCAGACAUGGUAAAACAGUAUUUUCGGGAUCUGCCUGAACCCUUGUUGACCACCAAGCUCUGCGAGUCAUUCCUCCAUAUUUAUCAGUUUCUGCCAAUAGACCAACAGCUUCCAGCUGUGCAGUCGGCCAUUCUGCUGCUUCCAGACGAAAAUCGCGAAGCUCUGCAGACCCUUCUCUUCUUUCUCUGUGAUGUCGUAGCUUGUGUCAAUGAGAACCAAAUGACACCUACAAACCUUGCAGUCUGCCUGGCUCCAUCCCUCUUCCACCUCAACACCCUGAGAAGGGAAAGCACUACCUCACGGGUGAGCCAGAGGAAGUACAGUCUCGGGAAGCCUGAUCAGAGGGAUCUGAGUGAAAACCUUGCUGCUGCCCAGGGAUUGUCCCACAUGAUUGCUGAGUGUACAAAUCUCUUCCUGGUUCCUGAGCAAUGGGUAGAGCAGUGCCAGAGCUUGUCCAUCACCCAGGAUUUCCAGAUUGAAUGUGACGAUAGUCCAAACAACUUUGACUGGUAUUUUAAUAUCAAGGCUACAUUGCAGGGUUCUUUACAGAACACGCUGAAGGAGGGGAAAGAGAAAUUUAAAGGUUGGACCAGCUGCUCCAGUGUAGAACAUGUGGAAAUCAUGUACAAAAAGGUUGAUGACAACCAUCCAUUGAGAGUAUGGAAAGUAUCUACUGAGGUGGACAAGACACCAGAGGAGAUUCUGAAGCAUUUGCUUAGGGAGCAUCAUCUUUGGGAGAAAGACCUUGUUCAGUCAAAGGUCAUUGAGAAUCUGGAUGAUGAGACUGAGAUAUAUCAUUACACCAUCCGUAGUGAAUUCUCUCAUCCAGCGAGAGAUUACACUGUAUUGAGGACGUGGCAGACAGACACUCAAACAGGAAUGUGUCUUUUAGCUGCCACUAGUGUGGAUGUUAAAGAAGCUCCUUUAAUUGGAGUCCGAGCAAAUGUGAUCACAUCCCAACAUCUCAUCGAGCCAAUUGGAGCAACAAAAUCCAAGCUUUCUCAUGUCUGUCGAAUAGAUACGAGGUAAGUGGAAAGGGUUCAAAGGGAGUUGACUUGGGUGCCAGUGAGUUCUUUAGAGAUUCUAAGGGAGUUCUUUUUCUUCAAUUGAACAAAGUAAAUUACAGCACAAGAACAGGCCCUUCGGCCCUCCAAGUCUGCGCCAAUCCAGAUACUCUAUCUAAACCUUCACCUAUUUUCUAAGGAUCUGUAUCCCUCUGCUCCCAUAUCCAUUCAUGUAUCUGUCUAGAUACCUUUAAACAUUGCUAUCGUGUUCACCACUACCACCUCUGCUGGCAAUGCAUUCCAGGUACCCAUGCAUAUUUCCCUUAAAUUUC